GAUCCCCCUCCCAAACCACCCCGCCGCCGGCAAGGAGGCUGGGCCGAUGAUUCCAUGAAGGCUUCCAAGUCGGGAAGGAAGGCUUUUGAAGAAGUGGAAGAUCAUCGCCUCAGACCGAAGAGCCUGGAUGGAUCAGAUGACGGAGGAGAUAUUCCUGUUAUUCCGGAUCUGGAAGAAGUACAGGAAGAAGACUUCGUUUUGCAGGUGGCAGCCCCGCCCAGUGUCCAAGUAAACCGGGUGAUGACCUACCGUGACCUGGACAAUGACCUCAUGAAGUGCGCAGCCUUUCAGACCCUGGAUGGAACGAUCGACUUGAAGCUCCUCACCAAAGUGCUCGCGCCAGAGCAGGAAGUUCGGGAAGACGACGUCGGCUGGGACUGGGACCGUCUGUACACUGAGGUGUCCUCAGAGCUUCUCACCGAGUGAGACCUGCUGCAGGCAGCGGAGGAGGCCCCGAGGGACAGUCUGCACACACCUGAGCCCUUGGGGACAACAGACCGCUCUCUGCACAGAAUAACCUCUGCUUUGGACUUUUAAAAAAAUGCAAUAAGCCUAAAACUAAAAAAGCUUGCAAGGAGCUUAGAAUUUUCAUAUGGAAUAUUUUGUAAUAAAAAUACUUACUUUCAGGAGACUGCA